AUGAAUCUCGAAUAUACAGUAACAGAAACUGUGUAUCGUGAUCAUUCAGGACAAAUGCUCAAAAUUGACUUUCAGUUCAAUGAAUCUGCUACGAUAGUCUUAGGAUCAACAUCGUCUAUUACGAGUCGACAAAACCAAGAAAAACGUUAUCGAUCAUAUCACUGGAGCAUAACACGCGAUCAAUAUGAAUCAAGAAUCAAUAGACUUCAGAAACCAAUAACAUUUGAUGCUUUCAUUGAUUCUCUACGUCCGAUCAUUAUGGGUUAUUAUAAAGAUAAUGAAUUGGAACGUGCAUUUGCCAUUUUAGAUAGUGAUCAAUCAGGAACAAUUAAUAUCAAGGAAUUUAGUACCAUCUUAUUGAUUCUCAAUGACUCGAUCGAUGCCAAUGUUUUGUCUGAAUAUAUAAAACAAGUAGACGAAAAUUUCGAUGGUGAAUUAAACUAUGAAGAGUUUCAGGCAUUGGUACUACGUGGCAUUGGUCGAGAUAUCAUUUGUAAUCAUUUUUGA